AUGGCUCUGGGUGGUCUUGCGUCAAAUUUGUCAUCCCCGGGGUUUGGCAUGCUGAAGUCGGCAUUACUCUGCUGUCAGAUUUUCAUUAGCAUCGAACAAUUGUUGGGGAAUUAUGCCGCUAUGAUCCAGCAUAUCAUUCGGGGACUUGGGAUCAUGCACGAGUGCCGGACACGGCCAGGUUUCAUUGCCGAGAACCAGGAUCAACUACCAUUGCUAGACGUUUUCAUCAUCAAGCUGUUUUCUGCGCCGUGCAAGUUUGCGGAUCCUCCAACAACAACCCAUGUCAACGAGACGACUGCAUUGCCCGUGUGCCCGAUCUCGUCUCAUGGCCAGACUGUUGGACCUCACAAUCUUCGGACCAUCGCGCCUGAUAUGCGGACAGAACUCACUGGCCUCGCUACAUCGACGCUUGAAUUCCUCGACCAAGCUUCGCAAGCCGAGUUUUCGAGCAACACUCGUCGUCUGCGAUCCGAGAAAGCAUCGCUGCUGAAUUCGUUGGAAUCAUGGCGAAUUAAUCUCGAAUCGAUUCAGGCAGCGAUGGGGCAUCUCGGUCCCGAGCCAAUUUCAGUGUCCUUCUUGCGCCUAUUCCAUCAAAUACUGAAAAUCAUUGUCUUAGGAGUGCUAGACUCCUCCCCCGAUCUUGGAAAGGAGCUACAGAUUGAGCGCAGUCAACUGCAGCGCGUAGCUAAUGUUGUAGGUGUAAGAGUCAUGACUUACAGAAUGAGAAACGGAGCUAGUGGUGAUGGCUCGAAGCGAUUCAAAGUGUAUUGA